AUGAUAUAUAUUCAUGUUGCUUUUAUAUUUAGUAAUUUAGGAUGUUAUGAAAAAGCAAUUGAAUUAUAUAAUAAAUAUCUUCUCAUAAACUAUGUUUCUAUUGAUAAUCCUGAAGCAAAAGUUAUUCAUAUGAUUAUCGGUUAUCUCUAUCAUCAUCUUUCUGCAUACGAUAAUGCUUUUAUUCAUUAUGGUAUUGUGUUAUCAUUAUUAGAUGAAACAAAUUUAUUAUCAAUUGAACUGUACAAUCAUAUUGGUGAUGUUUGGAAUAAUAUGGACAAUAUCGAUCAUGCAAUAUCAUGUUAUCAGCAAGCAUUAAAUAUCGGAAGUGCAAAUGAUAUUAAAAACUUAGUUGAGAAUUCUAUUUAUGAAAGACAAAUAAAUGAUACUGAUGAACAUCAUAGAUCAAUUAUAAAUCCAGAUAAUGAAACACAAUUGAAAAAUUAUCAAUGUCAACUAAAUGAUGGACAUAAUCUUACAUCAGUUCAACGUAUUGAUGUGUUUUAUCAAAUUGGUAUAUGUUUAAUGAGAAAAGGUGACUCUCAUCAAGCUUUACAAAUCUUUUCAAAAGCGAAACAGAUGAUUAUUAGUGGACAACUAGAUAAUGAAAUUAAUUCUACAUCAAUUCGAUGUGUUGAUUUAUCGUAUCAAAUUGGCUUAUGUUUGAUGAAAAAAGGUGAUUUUCUUGAAGCCUUAAAUAGUCUUUUAGAAGCUGAACAGAUUAUUAUUAAAGAUCCUCCAGUAUGGGAUCGAUUUCCUCAAUUACUUGCAACACUUUAUGAUAAUAUUGCUAUACUUUAUUUUCUUUUGCAUGAACCUUUUGAAGCUCUAUUUAUGUGGAAGAAAUCUAAUGAUAUUAAAACAAACUUUUCUUACGGUUAA